GAUUCGCCAAGUUAUUCACCCCCUUCUAAAUGUGAUUGGCGAUUUCAGCAGCUGAAAAGUUGGUAGCCUACUAUUCCUUUUAAAGUAACAAAUCCAGUUUGACAGCAUUUACCCCAAGCUAUCCAACAGAAUGCUGAGAGUGAAUAGGACAUUCUUUUACGUCUCCACCCAAACGUGAGUUUCCAAGAGAACACAAAGAGGGAGGAUUUUACGCGUUGACAUUUUCAGAUAUAGGAAGUAUACUUCAUCCCAUCACGUAGGCUACCGCCAAUGAUAGCUCUGAAGUCACUCCCGGGUCUCACACGACAACACCAUCGGCCAGAUUCACACCGGGACGCACGAGGACAGGAUGGAAGACCUGAAGACAGGUCUGAGUUCUCAGGAUACAGACUGCCCAAUCUGCUACGAAUGCCUUUCAGGCACAGCUAGGACUCUAAGUUGCUCCCACACAUUCUGCCACGACUGUCUGGUCAGAACUUUAGUCAGCAUCAACAAGGACGGGGUCAUCACGCGGGAUAGUAUUGUCUGUCCCAUUUGCAGGCACCUCACCUUCAUCACUAAACGAAAUGAGCCCGUGGUGACUACCCGUCUGCAUGCACAGACCCAGAAGAUUUUGGAAGUGCCUUUACUCGAUGUACACCAACCUCUCAAUGUUCGGUCUCCAAAUGUCUCACCCUUGAAUACUGGACGUUUUGGCUGGAUUACGCGAUAUUUCAGAGGGGUGUCUUUACCGGAUUGCAUAAGACCCAGUAAAAGCUCAUCGGAGAUUUUCAUCAUUAGUGAACUUGGCCGACCUAUGAAAGAAGACGAUUUAAAUGUCCUCCCAACAACAACAGUAAUUGUUCCAAAUCAAAGGAGAAGUCGUCCGAGAAUUUGUACUACUGGGCGAUGUUUACUGUUCCUGUUAUCAGUUUUCUCCUUACUAGCGCUUAUAACCGUGACAUUACCUUGGGUCUUGUUGGCUUAGUGAUUAUAUUGCGCGUUUCAUAUUGGACAGAUGUAAGCAACCUCGAAUAAUAAUAACACUUAAAAUGCUAUGCCUGAUAAACGUAUGGAAAUCUGUCAAGGACCUUUCAUCUUGUCUGUAUGUCUUGUUGGGGAAAAUAUAUGAAUACUAAUGCUGAUAUAACUUGGCUAUAUUUAAAGCAUAUUGAAAACUAAAUUGUGAAUUUUAUACUGAAUAAAUGUGAGUAUCCAAGAAGAUUAUGAGUUUACUCAUAAUGGAACUGGACGAACUGGAUAUGGGUGCCACCUGUAAGAAGAUAAGCGAUGGUUGUCACGUUACAGGUAUUUGUGUGUACGUAUUAGUUAGAAUGAAGUUAUGUAAGAUGGAACUGAAUGCACCAU